AACAACAACAACAACAAAAAUCAGGUAAAAAGGUAGGCCUUUUUCUUCUAGAUGUGGCCUCUUGGGAAUUCUCUAAGAAUUAAAACUGCUUGCAGAUAAUUGUGAGUUGAUAAUGAAGCAGAGCAAGGAAGGUAGUAUAAAAUCUGGAUCCCUUAGCAUCCCCUUUUGAUUGGGGCCUUUGCAAUGUAGUAGAGCUGUUAUUUCUUUAGCGUUCGAGGAGCUUAGAUUGAACUCACAACUUUAUAAAAUGUAGUUGUUGGUUUAUUUAUGAUAUUUGCACUUGGCAGACAUCCUUCAUUAGUACAGAUCAUUGAGAGAUAAAUAUAUUUGUCAAAGUUACAGAGAAAACAUUUAUGAAUAAGAAUGAAUCUAGAGCAUUUUAAAUUAAUGUUAAGAAAAAUCCUUUAAAGUUGUGGCUUACUUUUCUCACUCUUGAUAAUAACAAAUGUAUCCCUUUUAGGUACUUCUCUUGUACCUUGAGACCAUGGACCAGGGAAAUUAUUCUAGGGUAGCUGAGUUCGUGUUGCUGGGUCUCUCCAGUUCCCGAGAGCUCCAAUAUUUCUUGUUGGUGUUUUUUAACUUCUUGUACAUUGCCAUUGUGCUGGGAAAUCUCCUCAUUGUCCUCACAGUAAUUUCUGAACCUACCCUGCACACACCCAUGUAUAUCAUGCUCAGUAACCUUUCCAUUCUUGACGUGUUUCUGGCCACUUAUGCAACUCCCAAAAUGAUCCAUGAUUUCCUCCAUGAACACAAGACCAUUUCCUUUGAGGGCUGCAUGGCCCAGAUAUUCUUGCUCCAUGUCUUUGCCGGUGGGGAAAUGAUGCUCCUUGUAGCCAUGGCAUAUGACAGGUAUGUAGCUAUAUGCAAACCCCUCCAUUAUGCAACCAUCAUGAACUUGUGCAAAUGUACAGGCCUAGUUGUAGGAUCUUGGGUCAUUGGGGUUAUGCACUCUCUGAGCCAGUUGGCUUUCACUGUAAACUUACCUUUCUGUGGCCCAAAUGUAGUGGAUAGUUAUUAUUGUGACCUUACUGUGGUGAUCAAACUUGCCUGUACAGAUACUUAUGUUCCUGAAGUUUUGAUGCUUUUGGACAGUGGUCUAAUGGGGCUGACUUCAUUCUUACUCUUGCUCAUCUCCUACGUGGUCAUCCUGGUCACUGUGCAACAUCAGUCUUCAACAGGCAUAGCCAAGGCCCACAGCACCCUGACAGCCCACAUCACUGUGGUGACCCUCUUCUUUGGGCCCUGCAUCUUCAUCUAUGCCUGGCCUUUCAGCAAUUUCCCAGUGGAUAAGGUCCUUUCUGUGUUCUCUACAGUUUUCAUACCUAUAUUAAAUCCCAUUAUUUACACAUUGAGAAACAAAGAGGUGAAAUCAGCAAUGCAUAAACUGAAGGGCAGGUACCUAAGGUCCAGGCUCCCUAUCCAGCAGUCUCUCACAGAGUAGAUUUGUUGAAUUGAGUGGACAGAAGGAGGUUGGUAAAUGUAGAUUUUACCUUAUUCUUGUGACCAUUAUUAUUUUUAACUCAGUUGCUUACAAUGAUAAAUGCAAUGUAUGUUUUUUAGUUAAGUAUUUGUAUUAAAUAACCCAGUACAUGAUUAUGCAAUCUCUUUUAUAUAUGUAAUAUUUGCUAUAGUAUCUAUAUA